AUGACAGAUGCAACUGCGAAGCGCUACAAAUCUCUCACAUCGCUGAAGAGUCGUCAGAAUGGUCUUCAGGUAUAUAUUGCGAUUGGAGGCUGGGACUUCAACGAUCCGGGUCCCACGAGGACUACCUUCUCGGACCUUGCUGGCUCACAGUCUGCACAAGAUACUUUCUUUGAGUCACUGGUCAGUUUCAUGCUUCAUAAUGAUCUCGACGGGGUUGAUCUCGACUGGGAAUAUCCUACCGCAGACGAUCGAGGCGGCAGACCAGAGGAUUUUGCCAACUAUGUCACUCUAGUGAAACGACUAAGGGAGCGGCUGGAUCAAUUGCCGCGGCACUUUGGGCUCACCAUAACCUUGGUAGGUUUUUUUUUUUUCUUUUUGCUUGUAUCAAGUGCUUGA